AUGUCAGAGGAAGGUCCACAGGUGAAGAUAAGAGAGGCGACAAAGGACAAUGUCGAUUUCAUUUUGUCGAACGUUGACAUGGCGUUGGCCAAUUCAUUUCGAAGAGUUAUGAUAUCUGAAAUCCCCACUUUAGCGAUUGACUCGGUAGAAGUGGAAGUGAACACUUCUGUUUUGGCCGAUGAAUUUAUAGCGCAUCGUUUGGGUUUGAUACCGUUGCAGAGUACCGAUAUAAACGACGUCGUGUACUGUAGGGAUUGUUAUUGCGAGGACCACUGCGAUCGGUGCUCUGUUGUCUUAACAUUGCAAGCUGUUGGUGAAAGUGAAUCGACUACGAACGUAUACGCCAAAGAUCUGGUGAUAGUGAGUAAUCUGAUGGGACGUAAUAUUGGGCAUCCUAUCAUACAGGACAAAGAGGGCAACGGGGUGUUGAUCUGCAAACUGCGGAAGGGACAAGAGCUCAAACUCAAAUGCAUUGCCAAGAAGGGUAUAUCCAAGGAACACGCCAAGUGGUCACCAGCCGCCGCAAUAGAAUUUGAAUACGACCCUUGGAACAAAUUGAAGCACACCGACUACUGGUACGAACAAGAUGAAGUGGCAGAAUGGCCUCAAUCGAAGAAUUGCGAGUACGAAGACCCCCCCAACGACGACGACGUGUUUGACUACCAAGCGAAACCUACGACCUUUUUCAUGAAUGUCGAGACUGUUGGAUCCAUUUCCUCAGAUCAAGUCGUGCUUCGCGGUAUCAAAACACUGCAGGACAAAGUCGCGGAUAUCUUGUUUUCGCUGAAGAAAAUGGAUCAAGAAAAGGUCAAUUAUGGAGGUGCAGCUGGUCUCACAGAACAAAGUGGUGGUGUAAACAUGGAGGCGGAAGCAGGGUUGGGGUACGCGGGCGGUGCGCCCCAAUUCGACGGCAGCGCGAAUCCCGGGUUCGAUGACGCAUGGUAA